AUGUUUCCGGUACAAAUAUUGGUUGUUUUAUCAAUGAUGAUUAUUAUUAAUCAAGCAGCAACAUUAAACUACGAUAAUCAAAAAUCAUUUAUAACUAUCUAUGACGCUGAUACAAUGAAAUAUGUAAUGUUAAACAACAAGACAUAUAAUGCAAAUGGAACUAAUUCUGAAAUUACACAUACAAAUAAUUUUCAUGCAACAGAUUUAAUUAAAAAUGUCAACAAUUCAAAUAAAACUUUUUUAACCGAUUUAAAUAAAAUUUUGUCUGAACUCCCACGGGGAAAGGUUGUCGAUUUUCUGAAAGGGUGUUCUAUAGGUGUUUUUGGCAAGGUCAAAUAUUGUCCCUGA